AUGGCCCCAGCUGAUAGUAUUGUAGUGGGAGCCACGCGACUUUCACAGGACGAGCAGUCGCUUAAUCCCACGCGAAGGCCUUGGAGCCGUAGAAGCUAUACCGGAACGCUAGGCUUCAACAUCUGUGCUUUCAUCCUACCUGCUCUCUAUGGCACACUGAGCAAACUUUGGGUCGCAAACAUCGACUCGUCAAUGGUUGUAACCACAGACAGCUACACAUACAUUGGAGUGGUCGCCGAAGUACUCAACGAAGGCCUUCCACGCGCUUCCUGGUUGAUCGUUGGUGACAGGGCAAACAGAUCCAUAUCUUCAAGAUACAGCCUAUCUUUCACCUUGAUCAUUAUUCAAACCAUCCUCGGACUGAUCAUGUCCAUUGCUUUCGUGGGUGCCGCCAGACAAUUCGCCGGUGGGUUUGUUCCGAUUGAAGUUCGAGCUGCGUCUCUGACAUACAUACGAAUCUCGGCAUUCUCGGCCCUCUCAUCGGCAAUCGAGACAGCCGUGUCCACCAGCACGAGAGCUCUCGAUAAGCCGGACGUACCUCUGAUCAUAUCGACCGUCAAGUUUUUGAUCAAUAUUGUCCUUGACCUCCUGAUCAUCUCCAAGGUUCAUGUCGGCAGUUUUACGCCGACAGUCAAUAUGCAGGCUGCUACUCAGCUAGCAUGUAACAUGACCGCUGCUCUCUUCGGUCUCGCCUACUUCUGCUUCGUCACAUACAAAACAGGUACACCGCGAGCCAUGGCACAACCGCAUGAACCUGUUCGACCUAGCUUUGCAUGCUUGAGGACACUGGCGAGACCGGGUACUCUGACCUUCGCUGAAUCUGCCAUCAGAAACACACUAUAUCUAUGGUUGGUCAACGGCAUAGUAGCGAUGGGCUCCGAUUAUGCUACUGCAUGGGGUAUUUUUUCGUCCAUUCGCUGGGGUCUCAUUAUGGUACCCGUCCAAGCUCUCGAGGCAACUACCUUGGCAUUCAUUGGUCACUCAUGGGGAGAGUGGAGAAAAGAAACCGACAGAGACAGAAGACCCACAGCAUCACGACAAAAGAUAUACAACAUCAUACGACCCGCAUUAUGGUCUUGUUUCAUCGCAUUGGGCAUUGAAAUCCCUCUCUGCAUCUUCAUGUCUGAAUACGGUACCCGUCGCUUUGCCUUCUACCUCUCUGAAUCGGAGGCUGUCUCGCAAAUCACAGCAAAGAUGUGGAGAACAAUCGACUGGUGCUACAUCUUCUAUGCUCUGUCCACACAGCUAGCAGCAAUCCUUCUCGCCACACGACCUCGAUGGUAUUUGUAUCAGAGCUUGAUCUCAAACCUCCUCUGGGUGCUACCAUGGGCUAUUGUGGUCAGUGAAGCCAAUAUCACACCUGAUGAUGCUUGGACGUAUCAUUCUAUCGUGUUUGGUGGGUCACUUGUUUUCAGCUUCUUCGACAUUCUACUCGUAGAUUCUAUAUGGGUUUGGACAUUGCUUAGAGGGAAGAUGAGAUUGCCAAAUAUAUACUGA